AUGAAAAGCGCUUUACAUUCGCUAAAUAUAGAUAUCAGCCCUAGACGGAAACAACGGAUAACAAAGCGGCAUGUCAACGAUUUGAAAGUAAUGAACGGACGACGGAUAGACACGGACGGACGGACGGACACAUUCCCAUCUAACAACUGA